AUGACGAAAAGUGACAGCAGCCGGCAGAUACAUCUUAUAAAGCCAGUUUUACCAAAACUAAACAAUCUGUUUGAAUAUGCAGUGUCAAAGGAAAAUGGAUGUUGGCUCUUCCACCCGUCCUGGCAUUUGUGUAUUUAUAAGAGAAUGUUUGAAAGUGAAAAUAAAAUCCUGACCAAAGAAGGUGUUAUCCACUUUUUGGAGUUGUAUGAAACAAAGGUUCUUCCAUUUUCACCAGAAUUUUCCGAGUUUAUUACCGGACCACUAAUGGAUGCACUUUCAGAGAGCUCUCUGUACUGCAGGAACCCAGGCCAGCUUAUAGGAAGUGGUUCUCCAUUGGGAUUGAAAUUACAGAAGUUUUUAGUCACCUAUGUUUCUCUUCUUCCCGAAGAAAUAAAGAGUAGUUUCCUACUAGAGUUUAUUCAGAAGAUGGCCAGGAGACACUGGUGUGCUGUGCCCAUUUUGUUUCUGUCUAGGGCUUUGGCAAGUGUCCCAAGAUGUAAGGCCCUGGGUGUAGAAGGGCUUCUUGCUCUCAGGGAUGUCAUUCAGUGUACCAUGAUCACACACCAGAUCCUACUGAGAGGGGCAGCCCAGUGCUACCUUCUUCAAACAGCAAUGAAUUUGGUGGAUGUGGAGAAAGUGUCACUUUCAGAUGUCUCGGCUUUUCUCAUGUCUUUGAGACAAGAGGAGUCCUUGGGACGAGGGACUUUAUUGUGGACAGAGCUCUGUGACUGGUUACGUGUAAAUGAAAGCUAUUUUAGGCAGUCCUCAAAUUGUACCUCUGUUGGACUUCAUGAAACAUCUUUAAAUGCUUAUGUGAAGAACCUAGUUCAGGAAUAUGUUAAGUCACCUGCUUGGGAAAGAGAAAACUGCGUCAUGCCGGAUUGGUUUGAAGCCAAGCUUAUUGCUUUGAUGGUCUUGCUGGCAGUGGAUGUGGAAGGAAUGAAGACUCAAUAUAGUGAAAAGCAGCGGACACAGAAUGUGUUGAGAAUCUUCUUAGACCCUCUUCUGGACGCCCUGAUGAAGUUUGGUACAAACGCCUACGUGCCCUUGCCAAAGACUGACAGAUGCCUCCAGCUUCUGCUGAAGUUACUGCACAUGUGCAUGUCGAAAGGUCCCAGGACCCAAGAUGAUGAGGUGUUCACACUUCUUCAGGACUUUGUCAUGUCUACCACAGAGAGCAUCUCUGAAUUUAUCCUCAGAAGACUUACUUUGAAUGAGCUAACUAGUGUUGCAGAUCUUGAUCGCUGCCAUUUAUACCUGACGGUAUUAACUGAGCUCAUAAAUCUCCAUGUGAAGGUCGGGUGGAAAAGCAAUAACCCUAUUUGGAGAGUUGUUACACCUUUGAAAAAUGCAUCCAUCCGGCAUCUUCAGGAGAUGGACAGUAGACAGGAGCUGACGCUGGGCAGUCAGAUUCAGAGGGUGGUCAGCAUGGCUGUCUUGGCCGCGGUGUGCGGGACCGUGGACCAGAGGCCCGAGCUACAGCUGGAUUCUCUCGGGGCCGGACCCUUGGAAAGGUUCCUUUCUUCCCUCCAUCUCAACCACGUGCUGCAGAAGCCCCAGGCAGAGGAGCGUGGCAGUUUUUCUGAAGAAUCAGCAUCUUCCCAAGGAUGGGGCAAAAUAGUUGCACAGUAUACUCACGAUCAGUGGGUCUGCCUCUCCUUCCUAUUGAAAAAAUAUCACACCCUCAUACCAACCACCGAGAGUGUCGCUCUGGAGCCCCUUCUGCCCGCUGUUCAAAUGCCAGCGAGGACUUUGAAGUCUGCCCUAGAGGCCCUUGCAGUUCUUCCUUCUGACCAAGUUUUACCUGUGUUUCACUGCAUGAAAAUUUUGGUUCCCAAGCUUCUGACCUCCCGUGAAUCACUCUGCAUUGAGUCCUUUGACGUGGCUUGGAAAAUUAUAUCUUCCUUAAGCAACACUCAGCUGAUAUUCUGGCCUAAUUUAAAAGCUUUUGUGCAGUUUGUUUUUGAUAACAAAAUUCUUACCCUUGCUGCAAAAAUCAAGGGUCAGGCAUAUUUCAAAAUAAAAGAGAUUAUGUACAAGAUCAUUGAAAUGUCUGCUGUGAAAACUGGAGUCUUCAACAUACUGAUAAGUCACUGCUGCCAGUCUUGGGUAAUGUCUGCCUCAGAUGCAUCCCAGGGAUCUCUACUGAGUGCUAAAAAUUACAGCGAACUUGUCCUUGAGGCUUGUGUAUUUGGAACUGUGUUUAGGCGGGAUCAAAGACUUAUUCAGGACGUACAGACCUUUGUUGAAAAUCUCGGACAUGACUGUGCAGCAAAUGUCGUUAUGGAAAAUACUAAAAGAGAAGACUGUUAUGUGAGAAUUUGUGCUGUCAAAUUCCUGUAUUUAUUAGAUGGCUCAAAUAUGUCUCAUAAGUUGUUUAUGGAAGAUCUUGCAAUCAAGCUAUUAGAUAAAGAUGCGUCGGUGUCCGAGUCCAGGACCUGCUAUGUGAAUUCUCUGCAACACAGGGUGAAAAACCGAAUCUGGCAGACCCUGCUUGUACUUUUCCCCAGGUUUGAUCAGAAUUUCAUGAAUGGAAUUAUUGACAAGAUUUUCCACGCUGGUUUCAUCAACAAUCAAGCAUCCAUAAAAUAUUUCAUAGAAUGGGUUAUUAUAUUGAUUCUUCAUAAAUUCCCUCAGUUUCUUCCAAAGUUCUGGGAUUGUUUUUCACAUGGGGAAGAAAAACCUAAAACAAGCGUUUGUACAUUUUUAGCCGUUUUGUCACAUUUGGAAGUCAUAACUGAAGACAUUCCAGAAAAGAAACUCAUUCUGAAGCAAGCCCUUGUCACCGCACUGCAGUGGUGUCUCAGCCACAAUUUCAGCGUUCGGCUGUACGCUCUAGUUGCCCUUAAGAAAGUCUGGAACCUGUGUCAAGCAUGGCGUGUGGAAGACGCGGACGCUCUGACCUCUGUGGUUGAAUCCAUCCUCCGUCAGGUGGAGAGUGCGCACGGAGCCGGGAAUGCCAGGAGGAAUUGGCAGCGCAUCCAAGAGCAUUUCUUUUUUGCGACAUUUCACCCACUUAAGGACUAUUGUCUGGAGACCAUAUUUUACAUCCUGCCACGCCUUUCAGGCCUCAUUGAAGAUGAAUGGAUCGCCAUCAGUAAAUUUGCCAAAUACACUGACAUUCCUUUAGAUGCGGGAUUUCAGUGGUACCUUUCUCAAACUCAACUUGGUGAACUAAAACCAGGUGACUGGUCUCAGCAGGACAUAGGUUCUAACUCAGGCAGAACAGAUGACCAGUUAGAGUGGACUGAUGUUCAGAAGAAAAUCAUCCCAUGGAAAAAUAACAUUCUGGAUUUAGACCAGGAGCUUAUGUUUCAGGAUCGUGCUGCCAAACUUGGAAAGUCAGUUAGUAGACUGAUUGUCGUGGCCUCGCUCAUUAAUAAGCCAACAAAUUUAGGAGGACUGUGCCGGACCUGUGAGGUGUUUGGAGCUUCGGUGCUUGUUCUCGGCAACCUGCAGUGUGUCGGUGACAAACAGUUUCAGCACCUCAGUGUCUCCGCAGAGCAGUGGCUUCCUUUGCUGGAGGUAAAACCUCCUCAGCUAAUUGAUUACCUACAACAGAAAAAAGCAGAAGGUUACACCAUCAUCGGAGUGGAACAAACCACCAAGAGUGUAGACCUAAUCCAGUAUCACUUUCCUGAGAAAUCUCUACUCUUGUUGGGAAAUGAACGUGAAGGAAUUCCAGCCAAUCUGAUCCAGCAGUUGGAUGUCUGUGUGGAAAUUCCCCAGCAGGGGAUCAUCCGCUCACUAAACGUUCAUGUGAGUGGUGCUCUGCUGAUCUGGGAAUACACCCGGCAACAGCUGCUCGGGCACAGGGACUCCCGUCAUGAAGUUUGUGCCUUAUCUGAGAUGAACUGUCAGUGCUAACGAGACUUUUUUUUUUUUAACUAUUUAGACUAAUGAAUUGGUAUUUCUUUUCUCUUACAAUUUAAUGCCAAAACAAUUUCAUGUGCCUUAAAUACAUUAUUAUAUAUUAUCCCCUUUAAUAAAUGCUUUUAGCUAAA